AUGAAGGAAUGUGUUUGUUUGUUCGGUGGACCAAAAAUCCGCUCGUUCGGCACAAUCGGUGAUCCGCUGGACAUGGUUGUAAACUGUGUGGAUGACAGGUAUUCUACCUGUGCUCCACAGAUGGAGAAAAAGGUCAAGAAUACUUACUUUGAAAAAGAAAUGAAAAAUAAUGUAUUCAGCAAGGCAUGGAACGCAGCACAAAGUUGUGCAGGUAGAAAUAUGAAACAAAGAGAACCAGAAGAUGAAGCUCUGACAAAAGAUCACAUGCAAGCAAUUUGUGUUUACACAGCUGGAGGACCAGCAGAUUUCUAUAAGGCCUUCAAUAAUGCAGUCAAGACCAAUAAACAACAAUACAGUUCAUCUUUUCCUUUCCACUCUUUGCAUUUCUGGCUGACCAGAGCGAUGCAGAUCCUCAAACACAAUCAUAAUGAAUGUUACACAACUUUCCGUAGAACCAAAUCCACGUUAACAGGUGAAGUCAACCAAGAAAUUCGAUUUGGUAAUUUUGCCUCCUCCUCCAAAUUAUCAACUCUGACACACUUUGGUACGACAACAUGCUUUAAAAUUACAACCUGUCAUGGAGCUUAUAUGAAAAAAUAUCCAGUGCUCAAAGAUCAUGAGCAGGAGGUUCUGAUUCCACCUUAUGAGACGUUCAAGAUAAUCAGCACAGAAAAACCUCCAGAACUUGAAGACUGUGAGACUGUCUAUGUUCUGAAACAUAGUCGUAUCCAGAGCAAUCUUGACUGCCAAGUUGCAAAGCAAAUAAUUUUGUGAUUUUCCAUUGCAUUAAUUUGAAACAGUUUCAUCUUGUUCUAAAUUUACACCUGGCUGAUCUUUAAAGAGAAAGUUCAGAUUGAUCUCUAUUAACUUCCUCACUUAUAAUAAACAUGCAGAAAUUCAGGCUGUAGCGUAAAACUAAUGUCAAGCUUCUCUGUGGUACUUAGAACCGUUUGACUGCUGCAAGCUGAAGCUUUGGGUUUGCUUGGAGGACAGAGUUUUUAUACCAUAGUUCUGCUUAUGUGAAAGUAUUUCUGCU